UGAUCAUUCAGGUUGUCCUAAGCUUUGCAUUCGAGUCAAACACGAGACAGAGUCUAAGAAGCCAAGACAUGGCGUCCUUUCACAAAAUCAGUGCCGUGUUGAUAUGUUCUAUGGUACUUCUAACGGUCCAAGGCCGCGUGCACAAGAAAAAAGAUGAACUCAUCCACCCAGCUACACCUAUUAGAGAGGGAGCGUGCGUGGUUGGCGAGUGGCAAGGCCAGGAGAGUUCGUCCAUUCCCACUAUCCCGACCUUAAUGUGGUUCCAUACACCAUCAAUAAUUCGAAUCGAACCAGGUCACUAUCAAGCUACUGGUCGAAUAAUCAAGGCAAAUUACCUGAAAGAGCGGCUGACCUUGAAGGACAUAAACUUCAAUACUGCUGAGAGAAGAAAUAUGGAGUCACUUCUGAAACUGGAUAUCCUAGCAGACACCUUCCACAUUGAGGGUGAAGUUACUUUUUAUGCAAUUCAAACUGUUAAAAUAUACGCGAGGCAAAUUGUCGCUGCUGAGGGAAGUCGGAUCGUUUUUGCUACACCAGACUGGAUACAAGAUUUUGCUACUCCAGGAGUUCAGGGAAACGGAGUUGGAACCAACGGAGACAAUGGAAAAGACGGCAAAGAUGGACCAGAGGUCGAAGUACUCAGUGACGCAAUACAUGGCGAACUUGAUAUCAGUUCUAAAGGAGGUAAUGGACACAAAGGACAAGACGGUGGCAAUGGUCGUCCCGGUACUAGAGCCGCUGAUAAAGGAGACAAGUAUAGCGAUUGGAAAUGGUGCCCGCGCGGCGGUUGGGUUUCAUGGAGCAUGAGAGGUGUUGAUUUAUAUGCCGAAGCAUCUAAAAGAUGUAGGAAUAGAAAUAGAGGUUCAGAAUAUGGUAACAGAGGUGGAAAUGGAGCAAGAGGAGGAAAUGCUGGAACCCCAGGACAAGGUGGGAAUGCUGGAAGUGUUACUUUGCGUUACAGAAUGUUGAACGGGCGUGUAAAAGCUAACGUCUGCGCGGGAACUGGAGCCGAUGCAGCCAAUAAUGGACGAGGUGGAAAUGGUGGCAGUGGUGGCGCUGGAGUAAAAGGAAUACAGUGCUACGUACGUCGUUCGAGCUCGUACGAUAGCGAAGUGCAAACAUUUGAGUGCCACAUGAAACACCCCAGAUUAGACACCAUCAGAGGAGCAAAUGGUCGGAAAGGAGCCUCAGGAACUACUCCCAACGUCAAAGGACAGGAUGGCACCGUUAGUGACUCUGCAAUAAGUAAGUCAGAGACAAUCGACGAAGAAAGUAAAAACGCUUUCCCAGAAAAUCUUCUUCUCCUCAUAAGGAGGAAGGCAGUGGACUUGUUGCUAGGAGACAGCAAGAAUAAGGAGGGCAAAGACGCAUUACAGUUUCUUGUCAGGAUAACGACUGGAAGAACUGACGUUGAAUAUAUUAUGAAAGAUGCCCAAAGAAAACUUGCUUUUUUGGAUAAAGACGGCUUUGACAUUUUUGGAAAGAACAGUCUCUUUGCCCCUCUCAUAAAGUGGGAAGAACUUCAAAAAGACGUAAACAGAAUAAAAGAAGCAGCAAAAAUAUAUGAAGACGCCUUCACGAAUAUUAUGAAUCAAGUAAAUGACGAAGAAAACUUUCAGGAC